AUGCCAGAGUUGUCAAACUACCAGCGCUUGGAGAAGGUUGGUGAAGGGACCUACGGGGUCGUUUAUAAGGCCUUGGAUAUUAAGCAUAACAACAGAGUGGUUGCUCUAAAGAAGAUUAGAUUGGAAUCAGAAGAUGAAGGUGUUCCAUCAACAGCCAUUAGAGAAAUCUCAUUGUUGAAAGAAAUGAGAGAUGAAAACACAGUUAGAUUAUACGAUAUCAUUCAUUCAGAUUCACAUAAAUUAUAUUUGGUUUUUGAAUUUUUAGAUUUGGAUUUGAAAAAAUAUAUGGAAUCUAUCCCAGCUGGUGUUGGACUUGGUGCUGAUAUGAUUAAAAGAUUUAUGAUGCAAUUGGUUAAAGGUACUGCGUAUUGUCAUGGUCAUAGAAUUUUACAUAGAGAUUUGAAGCCUCAAAACUUGUUGAUUAAUAAAGAAGGUAAUUUAAAAUUAGCUGAUUUUGGUCUUGCUCGUGCUUUUGGUGUUCCAUUAAGAGCUUAUACUCAUGAAGUUGUUACAUUAUGGUAUAGAGCUCCUGAAGUCUUACUUGGUGGGAAACAAUACUCUACUGGUGUUGAUGUAUGGUCUAUUGGUUGUAUCUUUGCAGAAAUGGUUAAUAGAAAACCUUUAUUUGCAGGUGAUUCAGAAAUUGAUCAAAUUUUUAGAAUUUUUAGAAUCUUGGGUACACCAAAUGAAGAUAUUUGGCCUGAUGUUACUUAUUUACCAGAUUUUAAACCAACUUUCCCUAAAUGGAAUAGAAAGGAUUUACAACAAGCUGUUCCUUCAUUAGAUGCUGCAGGUGUUGAUCUUUUAGAACAAAUGUUAAUUUAUGAUCCAGCUGGUCGUAUCUCUGCUAAACGUGCUUUAUUACAUCCUUAUUUCCAAGAAUCAUCUGAAACUGCUCAAGAAUAUCAUCAACAAAGUUCAGUUCCAAUGGGUGCUUCAGUCUUUGCUUAA